UGUGCUUCCAUGUUUGAUCUUCUCGGUUAAAUCUCACGAGUAUUAAUUAAAAUAUUAAAUUUACUUGCUGCAAUUGCAAUGAGGGUUUUAUUGUCGAAAUUGCCCCGACCGUGGAUAGUCGAUGAGAAAAAGGACGACGGCUACACGGCUCUUCACUUGGCAGCACUCAAUAAUCACGUGGAGGUGGCUGAACAAUUAGCUCGCGCUGGCAAAGCAGACUUGGACUUGCAAAACGUCAACUUGCAAACGGCCCUGCACUUGGCCGUGGAACGUCAACACACACAAAUCGUCAAGCUCCUUGUACGAGAGGGUGCAAAUCUGAACGUGGCCGACAAGGAUGGCGACACUCCGCUGCACGAGGCCCUGCGCCACCACACGCUCUCGCAACUGCGUCAGCUCCAGGAUGUUCAGGAUGUUGGUCGACUCUUAAUGGGCCUGGGCGCUCAGGGUCAGGACAAGAAAAGCAGUUCCUUUAUUGCCUGCUUCCUUGCAGCCCACGGCGCAGAUUUGGAGCUCAAGAACAAGAAGGGACAGACUCCCCUCGACCUCUGUCCGGAUCCAAAUCUUUGUAAAACACUCACCACGUGUUACAAGGAUACCGAAUCACAUGACAUCGAACCUGUAAGUACAUCAGCAACGAUUGACGAGUGUCUGGUGUGUUCGGAUGGAAAGCGAGAAGUUCUUUUUGGUCCAUGUGGACACGUCGCCUGCUGUAACGCAUGUGCUCCUAGAGUGAAGAAGUGUUUGAUCUGCCGAGAGAACGUCAUGUCCAGAGGAAAAAUUGAAGAAUGUGUAGUUUGCUCGGAUCGUAAAGCUGGUGUCCUAUUUCGUCCUUGCGGUCACAUGUGUGCCUGUGAUGCUUGCGCUGCCUUAAUGAAGAAAUGCGUUCAAUGCCGAGCUCAUAUUCAACAUAUGGUACCGAUGUCAGUGUGCUGUGGUGGUGGAGGUGACGUCACGUACGUGAAAGGGUGCAAUACUACUGCAGCGGGUUCUUUGACUGACGAUAAAGUUGACGAGGAAGAAGAACCAGCUCCAACAAAUACUAGUGCUGGUGAAACUAUCUUAAUGAAUAACGGAAGUCGAGAUACUUCACACAGUGAUAUACAAAAACUGCAACAACAGCUGCAAGAUAUCAAAGAACAGACAAUGUGCCCAGUUUGCUUAGAUCGUCUAAAGAAUAUGAUAUUCCUUUGUGGACAUGGAACGUGUCAAAUGUGCGGAGAUCGCAUGUCCGAAUGUCCCAUUUGCCGCAAAGCAGUUGACAAGCGAAUAUUACUCUAUUAAAUUAAUAACUUUCUCUAAGAAUUUAAUAAAUUAACAUUAAGCAGUCAAUUUUUGUAGAGUGGGGGAAGAGUUUCCAAACUCCCUCCUCUCUUACACUAUAAACGAAAGAUAUUAAAUAUUAAACAAUACCAUUGUUUAGAGGAGAAAAAUACAAUUCAAAAUCCUUUAUAAGAAGGUGAUGCUCGUUUCCGUUCAAACGUUCAAAUUUUACUCAAUUUUUACAAGAAAUUAACAAUUCAAAGCAAAUAUUAUGUUUUGAAAAUAAAACGUUUUUCUUGAAGAAAAAUUUUCUUUCUUCAAAAAAAAAAAAAAAUCUCUUCUAAAUAAUUAAAAUAUCCCCCCCCCCCACUGCCAGAAACACUGCUGAAGAUAAAAAAAAACAAGACUGCCGAAUUUAAAUUUAAUUUUUUUCGAAGAAAAUUGAAUAAGUGAGAUUAUCCGUAAGUUAAUUAAAUUCGAGAAUGAAACGAUCAAGUGCGUCUUGUUUUAUUAUAUGAAAAAAAAAUAAUUGAGAGUUUUACUUCUCGCUUUGCAAAAAAACAAUGUCCGUUAUUCAUUUAUGUAAUUUGUACAUUAGUUAUUUAAUUAUUAUUAAUUAAGCUAUAUAAUUAUUGACUAGAUUAUUGAAAUUAAAUACCAUCUGCGAUGGAAUUGAUCUAAGAAUCUCUUCCGUGUUAAACGGAAGUCAGAGAUCUCUAUUAUUAACUCUUUUUAUAUUUAAUCUUCCAAAUGAAAAAUGGAAACAAUUUUUUAAAUCCAAUUGUUAUCGACUGCAAAUUAGUGAAUACGAAAAAAAAAUCUUUUCUUGUCAUUAACUGUAUGACAAAAGUUUAUAGUUUUUAAUUUUUUUUGUUGUUGUUAGAGCAUUUCGUUUUGUUAACGUAAUGAAGAUUGUUUAGCUGAAAAAUAUAGAUCUAGAGUCGUUCAAUUUUAAAUUCUCUAAAGACAAUAAAUUU